UCGUGUGCCAGUUGCUGCUGGAGUCGCAACCAUUGCGAGAGCGCACGCACAGAUCUACAUUUAAAAUAAUGUAUCCAUUUCACAAAAUCAUUACCUUAUUUAAAUAAAAAAAGUGACAGUGAAGUGAAUAAUUUAGUUUAACAAAAUGGCAGUGUUCUUAAUAUUAUUGUCAAUAGCAUUCAUUUUGACAUACUUAUGGUUUCAACACAAGUUUUCAUACUGGUCACGAAAGGGGCUCGACGGUCCCAAACCUAUUUUUCCGUAUGGUAAUAUACGCGAUGUGAUCAAAGGAAAAAUUCAGUUUUUCCAACCAUACUGCGACGUUUACAAUCAAUUCAAACAUUUACCCUAUGUCGGGAUGUACUCCUUUUACCGGCCUGUAUUAUGUGUAAAUGAUUUGGAAAUAGCUAAACAUAUUUUAAUUAAAGAUUUCGAUCACUUCCAAUCUCGUGGAACGUAUUCUGGAGGAGUCGGCGAUCCCUUGGCUGAAAAUUUAUUUAACAUAUUUGGAAAACCAUGGAGGCUGUUACGGCUCAAAAUGUCACCUACAUUUUCUUCACGAAAGCUGAAGUCAAUGUUUCCUAUGGUGGAAGGUAUAGCGAAUGAAGCAAGAAAUUACGCGGACUUGUUACACUCUAACGGAGAAGCUAUAAAUUUCUCUGAAUUUUAUGGUAGAUAUGCCAUGGAAAUUAUAGCUAAUAUAGGGUUUGGGGUAGAGUGCAAUGGAAUAAACAAUCCAGACUCGGAGUUUUUUAAUAGAGGGCGUGAAUAUUUUGAGACUCGCUCCUGGUAUUGGACGCUAAUUCGAGCAUUCGCCUUCAUUGCGCCGGAUGCGUUCGACAAGUUGCGUAUAAAGCGGAUAAGCCCGCGGGUGGAAAACUUUUUCUACGGGCUUGUCAAGCAGACGGUCGCAUAUCGCGAGGAACACGGUUACAAAAGAAACGACUUCCUGCAGACACUUAUAGAAUUGAGAAAUGGACAGUUUGUAGACGAAAAGGGUAACGUGAAACACAUCCAUGAUUUCCCAUUCUCGAUGAAGGACGUAGCCGCUAAUACAAUGGUUUACAUGAUAGCUGGGUACGAAACCUCAGCUACCACGGGCCAGUUUGCUGCCUACCAAUUAGCCCAGAACCCGCACAUCCAGGACCGAGUAAGGGAAGAAAUAAAUACAGUGCUGGCAAAAUAUAAUGGGGAAUGCACGUAUGAUGCGCAGAACGAAAUGCACUAUUUCAAUAUGGUGCUUGAUGAAACAAUGAGAAUGUAUCCGUCUAUGCGAGCCUUGUUCCGGCGAUGCAACAAGGACUACACAAUUCCCAACACGAACCUGGUCAUCGAGAAGGGCACCCUGGUGUUCGUGCCCGUGCAGGCGAUCCACAUGGACCCAGACAUGUUCCCGGACCCGGAAAAGUUUGACCCGGAUCGGUUCAUACCGGAGAAGAAGGCGAAACUACACCCAUGCCAGUGGAUGCCGUUUGGUGAAGGACCACGGAAGUGUUUAGGCGUAAAACAAGGGUAUAUCCAGUCGAAGAUGGCAUUAGUGAAGAUUCUCCAAAAAUACGAAUUGUAUUUAGACAAACGAACGGCCGUGCCCGUGAAAGUGAACCCCUCAUGUCUGGUUUGUUCGGCAGACGGCGGAGUGUGGCUGCGAUUGAAGGAACUAAACAAUAACAAUAUGAAGGCUUUACAGGUUAAUACUGUUUCACAGAUAAACAAUAAUACAAAGUGCAAACCUGAUAUCAUAAAUAAUACAGAAUUCAAGCCUCCACAGUGACAACUUGUUAGUGAGAUUAUGUUGUGUGCGUGUUGCAAUAAUAUUCUGAAAUAUGAAUAACGUUUGCGAUUACAAUGUAGGUAAACGUGACCUCUUAAGUUUAGCUAUGCAGAGCUCGCUUUCUUGUCAGGGAUAAAGAAGUGACAAUAUGUGUGGCUGAAGAUGUACGAUUUGAUGCGAGUUUGAGAUCUUAAUGUCUGUUGCUAAAAAGUGAAGGAAUGACCGAAGAAUUGAUAAAAAUUUAUACGCCAUUCGAUAUAUUUUUAGGAAAAUUAUACUAUUUGCGUAAACGUGCAGAACAAGAAAAUGGAUAUCAGCACUGUUGACAAAACCUAUGUGGUGAAUUUUGUUAUGGUAAAACAUACUCUUUCAUGCAAACCAAUACCCGAUUACGGGUUUUGCUGAGAUUAAUAAAUUUAUCCAAAGACAUACGUUGAGAUCCUUGAAGUAUACCUUAAGGAAGGAUUUUUGGAAAUUAAGUUUUAAAAUAAUUGAAUAAAAAAUAGCACACUUGAGAUUCUAAUAUAGAUGUGGUAAGUGAGGGCAUUACAAUUCGUGUGGUAUUCGGGUUACGAAAAACAAUUAUUUUGUAAGGUAUUACAAAUGGUGAAUGUAGGUACUUGUACUUAUGUAGAGGAGAAGUGUGCAAUCCUUUGAAUUUUUGUAAAUAAAUUAUUUUUUCUAAAUGUUGUUUAAGUGUAUUGUAAUACUAUCUAUAUAGAAAUUCAAAAGUUUGACUUCUACAAAUUUUUACUUUUAAUAAAUUAUUGACUAUGUUUCUAUAAUUAAAUUUUAAGCCGAAAAUCCUAGAGAAUGAUAUCUCAGUCUUUUUAACGAUUCAAAUAAUUAAAAUCGCCUUUUUAUGUAAGAGCUAUUUAUAGCCACAAAAACGUUAUUACUCGUACGAACAUCUAGUUGGUUAAAGUGGACAUAAUAAAACGAUGUAAGUAGAUGUAAACAUUAACUGUGUAAUUUAACAAAGUGCACUAAGAAGUGUACACAAUCUUACAGGGCAGGGCUUUGUUGAAGUAAUGA